AUGGCUUCCUCUAGUGGCACGACGACGUCGUCUGGUGGUUCAGAUCUUCAAGGAGAAAUGGAUCAAAGGAAAAGGAGAAGAAUGAUUUCUAACAGAGAAUCAGCAAGAAGAUCGAGGAUGAGGAAGCAAAAGCACAUGGACGAUUUGAUGACUCAGCUGAGUCAACUCAGGAAGGAGAAUAACCAGGUGGCGGAGCUCAGCCAUCGGCUUCACUCUCUCAAUGAGAUUAUUGCCGUCAUGAAACAACCAAUCGACGCCGGAAGUGGGUUUGCGGAGGAACAGUACGUCGGAAGUGACACUGAGUUCGGCGACGAGUUUAUCAACAACUCACUGAGUUUCCUUUACGCGUGUCAACCUAUCUUGGCUUCUGCUGACAUGAUUAUGUACUGA